AUGGAUACAUCUGACUCAGCAAAUAAAUUCGUUCCAGAAUAUAGACGUACCAAUUUUAAGAACAAGGGCAGAUUCUCUGCUGAAGAACUACGUCGUCGUAGAGAUACCCAACAAGUUGAAUUAAGAAAAGCCAAAAGAGAUGAAACUCUAGCAAAGAGAAGAAACUUCAACGCGGCUACUGAUGUAGACUCUGAAGACGAAGAUGAAACAAAUACUGUAGGUGAACAACAAUUCAUGACACAAUUACAACAAGAACUACCUAGAAUGGUGGAACAAAUCCAUUCCAAUGAUAUGCAAGAUCAAUUAUCUGCCACUGUCAAAUUUAGACAAAUUCUUUCUAGAGAACAUUCUCCUCCAAUAGAUAUCGUCAUUCAAACUGGGAUCGUCCCAACUUUAGUCGAGUUCAUGCAAGAAAAUCAACCUGAAAUGUUACAAUUAGAAGCCGCCUGGGCUUUGACUAAUAUCGCAUCUGGAUCCUCAGAACAAACUAAAGUAGUCGUAGAAGCAGGUGCAGUACCAUUAUUCAUUCAACUAUUAUAUACAGGUUCCAUCGAAGUUCAAGAACAAGCUAUUUGGGCUCUAGGUAAUAUCGCAGGUGAUUCAACCGAUUAUAGAGAUUUCGUUCUAAGGUGUAAUGCUAUGGAACCAAUCUUAGGAUUAUUCAAUAACACCAAGACUUCAUUGAUUAGAACAGCUACAUGGACUCUAUCUAACUUAUGUAGAGGUAAGAAACCACAACCUGAUUGGAGUAUCGUUUCUCUAGCAUUACCAGUGCUAGCUAAAUUGAUUUAUUCGUUAGACGUUGAAACUAUAGUCGAUGCCUCAUGGGCUAUCUCUUAUUUAUCAGAUGGCCCACCAGAAGCUAUCCAAGCUGUCAUUGAUGCUAGAAUCCCAAAAAGAUUAGUAGAAUUAUUAGUUCAUCAAUCCACUUUAGUUCAAACUCCCUGUUUAAGAGCUGUCGGUAAUAUCGUCACAGGUAAUGAUUUACAAACCCAAACUGUUAUCAAUGCAGGUGUUCUAAACGCGUUACCAAAUUUGUUGUCCUCUCCAAAGGAAUCCAUUAGAAAGGAAGCAUGUUGGACAAUCUCUAAUAUUACUGCAGGUAAUGUGGAACAAAUACAAGCUGUUUUAGACGCUGGUUUAAUACCACCUUUAGUUAAAUUAUUAGAUACUGCAGAAUAUAAAACCAAGAAGGAAGCUUGUUGGGCCAUUUCAAACGCAUCUACUGGUGGGUUACAAAGACCUGAAAUUAUAAAAUAUUUAGUAUCACAAAAUUGUAUAAAGCCAUUAUGUGAUUUGCUAGAAAUUGCUGAUAAUAGAAUUUUGGAAGUAGCUCUAGAAGCUCUAGAAAACAUCUUAAAGGUUGGUGAAGCUGAUAAGGAAACUCGUGGAUUAACUAUUAAUGAAAAUGCUGAUUUGAUUGAAAAAGCUGGUGGUAUGGAAAAGAUUUUCAAUUGUCAACAAAAUGAAAAUGACAAGAUUUACGAAAAAGCUUACUCAAUCAUUGAAACUUACUUUGGAGAAGAUGAAGAUGCUAUCGAUGAAACAUUGGCUCCACAAACUGCUGGUAAUAACACUUUCGGUUUCGGUGCUAACGUCAACCAAUCAUUCAAUUUCAACUAA